AUGUCAUCUCCUCCCAAGGUCGCACCCACCGAGCACUUUAACAAGGUUGCAGAAAAGUACGAGGCCAUUACUGGUGGAGCUACCCGCGAACUCGCACAUCAUGCCAUCUCCUCCAUCGCGGCCCUGAAGCCGCUGACGUCCGAGUCCAAGAUUCUCGACAACGCUUGCGGCACUGGCAUCGUCACUGAUAUCAUCCUCAAGUCCGGGAUACAGCCUGAGAUUCACGCCGUCGAUGUCGCGGAGAACAUGGUCAGCAUCGCUAGGGAUCGGUUCUCCUCGCAUCCGAACGUCCACACAGCCGUUAUGAGCGGCGAGAAACUCGCUUUUCCUGACGAUGCCUUCACCCACUCUAUUACGAAUCUCGGUCUCAUGUACUUUACCAACGCGGGCAAAGGUGCCAGAGAGAUUGCCCGUACACUUAAGCCUGAUGGAGUGGCCAUCGUCACCGGGUGGACUGUGAUGAGACAAUUCGAGAUUAUUCAGGAGGUCCAGGCGCAGAUCCGCCCGGACGAUACGCCAUUCAAACCGCCUGUUCCAGAUAUCUGGCUCAACCCUGAGCAUACCAAAGCCGUGCUAUCAAGUGCCGGACUCGACGUGACCAGCACUCCCAUUGACGUGCAUCUGGGCGGCGAGACGGCCGACGAAGUCGCUGAUCUUUUAUUUCAUGGCUUCGGUUCGAAUGUAUUUCCUUCAUGGAGCGUGGAGGAACAGGAGAAGGGCGCUGAGAUAAUGGAGAGGAUUGUACGGGAGCGGGUCGUUCCGUUCACUAGACCCUCAGGGCCUGGUGUCGGUAUCAAGGCAUCAGGAACUAUCUUUGUUGCGCGUAAGAGAUCUGGCCAUGUGCCAGCUUCAUGA